UUCAUCUCAUCUUGUUUGUAACGAGACAACCGUUGCAGGGAUAUCAUUCGGGUCAUGUUGUGGCUUUUGGGGGAUUGUUGGGAUUGUGUUUUGGCUUUGGUGUUGUUUUUUUUUUGUGGGUUUUUUUCUUUGCUUCUGGCUGUAAACUUCCAUGACCUGCAACAAUCUGCCAUUGCAACCUUGCGUGGUGCUCCAUGAGAGCCUGGUGCUUUAGGUGCUCUGGUGGCUGGGAAUACAAAUUUUGUCAGGGAGAAGAUGCCAUUCCACCAUGUAACAGCUGGCUUGUUGUACAAAGGCAACUACCUGAACCGCUCCCUCUCCGCUGGCAGCGACAGCGAGCAGCUAGCCAACAUCUCCGUGGAGGAGCUGGAUGAGAUCCGUGAAGCUUUCCGAGUGCUGGACAGGGAUGGGAAUGGCUUUAUAUCCAAGCAGGAGCUGGGCAUGGCGAUGCGUUCCUUGGGAUACAUGCCCAGUGAGGUGGAGCUGGCCAUCAUCAUGCAGCGCCUGGACAUGGAUGGGGAUGGCCAGGUGGAUUUUGAUGAAUUCAUGACAAUUCUGGGACCUAAGCUGGUAUCAUCGGAAGGCAGAGAUGGCUUCCUGGGAAAUACAAUAGACAGCAUCUUCUGGCAGUUUGACAUGCAGAGGAUAACGCUGGAGGAGCUGAAGCACAUCCUCUACCACGCCUUCCGGGACCACCUAACGAUGAAGGACAUUGAGAACAUCAUUAUCAACGAAGAGGAGAGUUUAAAUGAAAACUCUGGCAACUGCCAAACAGAGUUUGAAGUGCACGCCCAGAAGCAGAACAGACAGACCUGCGUCCGGAAGAGCCUUAUCUGCGCCUUCGCCAUGGCCUUCAUCAUCAGCGUGAUGCUGAUCGCCGCCAACCAGAUCCUGCGCAGCGGGAUGGAGUAGCCCCUGGCCCGACACUGUGACCCCUCCUGACCACGCAUGCGCAUGACACCGGGCAGCUCCCCCCGACCCGACUCUUCACCGCGGCCACGAGGCAGGGGCAGGCAGGACCAGGCACCGCUCGACCAGGAGCACGAGGCCAGCGGCGCCCAAACGCGCCUCGCCGGCCACCCACAUCCUUUUGGCAGGGACAUCAAAGGGCUGUCUUAAUGCUUUAAAGGGUUUGUUUCCUAAUGCAAUAAAUAAAUAUAUAUAUAUAUACACACACAUAUAUAUAUAUAUAUAUAAAAGAGAGAAAAUACAGGAGUCCCGAAUGACUGCUUCAAAACAGCGACGGUGACGUGGAGGGAACUCUCACCCAGCAGCCUGUUGUGCAGCUGUGAGGAGGCACAGCAGCCUCAGGACUCGUUGCAGCGGGGCUGCCUUCUAACCCAGGGGACAAGUGACUCUUCUGCGUCGCUCUGCGCUGGGCCCGCGCUCCCAGGAAGGGGAUCGUAGCCUCGCCACAAGCAAGUCCUGCUCCAUGUGCUCCAGCUUCGCUUUCUUUUUCCCUUAUGACCAUGCCUUUGAGUUCGUGGCAUCGGAGGGGAGUGUGAGCGUCCUUGUACAGUAUUUUUUGAGUAAGAAACAAACAAAAAACAGAGGAGCCUUUGCCAACACCAUACAAAACUUCGGUUUUUGCUUCGUAGUCGCCGCCUUCGAGGCCAGGCUGUGGGGCAGCUGUUUGGUUUUCAACCUCGAAUCAGGGCUUGAGAAGCACCUCCCAUUCCCACCCACGGGCAUCUCUGAGAGUUGUGCACAGUCUUCCAACCGACUCUGCAACCACCAGCGCCAAGUAAAACUCCUUCUAUUCGGUCCCAUCUGCAUAUUCAACAGCAUUUGCUUCCCAGCAGUUUUGCCCUUCUUCUAUAUUGGUCUUCAAUAACCUCAUCUGAGAUGAAAAUCAUGAGGAAAGUGCCAAAAGAGGUUUCCUCCCCUCGUCUUGCCUGCUCAACUUUUGUUGAUUUCUUUUCCUACGCCCUGGUUGUAACCUGCAGUGAAACCUCCAUGUCAGACACCUUCUCGUGGAAGGGGUUUUGGUUUUGCCUCCGUGGCAGUGUGUGGUUUUGACCAGCCAGCUGCUCCAGUCCCUCCCAGUAGCCAUCUCACCACCACCAUCAUCCCACGGGCAGGCUCCGAGGCGGGCAAGCUGAAAAGCAAAACUGCAGCAAGAGGGGGAGGAACCAAACCAGAGCACAGCACCGUACGUUACGUAGCGUGUCGGACUCUCAGAUCCUGCCAGAGUUUGUUGUGGUUCCUGGGAGGGAUCUGAAUGAGCAGCAAGGAGAAGAUGCAGCCAUGCGGACUAGAGACACAACACAUCCCACAGAAAGUGCAAGGACUGGGUGAGCCUGGAGACAGGCUUCCACUUGAAAGCUUUUUUCCUUUUAAACUUGACACAGAUCCUUGCAUUUACCUUCGGAUGAACCGUGCGCCUACGUGUCACCUCAGGGGAGAUCUGGUUUCCUUGCCCUCCUGGGAGAGGUUUGCCAGCUGCUGCUCGUGAAGCCAGCACAGGGAGUGCUCCUGGGGAGGUCCACGGAGGCAUCUGGGUGUUGGAGCCAGGGGUGGCUUCAUCCUGCUGGCUGGACAAGCUCCAGAAACACCAAGGAAUAGUCAGAUGUUGCUCCUGUAAAUGUAGAUAACUGUCUCCUGUGUCAUGAGAGCAGCAGGAUGGCUCCCCAAGGCAUUGCCACCCACAGGCUUCCCUCGACCCACACAGCAGCCUCAGCCUGGGUCCUUCUCAAAGACUGGUUUCAGGUCUUUCUUUGAUUACAAGUUGGAUGGGUAACGUUUAACCAUGUCUUGUUUAGUAGCCCGCUUUGAAAAGGUCCUUCUCGUUGUUCCGUCUCCCAUCACCCGUCUCUGGAUGCUGCCUUUAGAUGUGUGUCUUGGGUCUCCCACUUCCACGUCGUUGCCCUUUUCCUGGUGCCCUCUCUUCCACCACCACCACAGUCGACAGCUGUCUUCUCCAGAGCAGCCAAGUUGGUUGUUUUUCUGCCUUUCACACACACUUCUGUAUUUCUGUUCUGCUGUGACUGACAGAGGUCAACUGCAAAAUAUCCCACCAAAAAAAAAAAAAAAAUUGCUACAUCUCCCAGAAGGUGGAGAGAUUUGUGUUUGCUGUGGGGCAGCAGCAGACUUCAAACCACCAGGGGAAGAGCUUGGGCAAGCUCUGAGCAUGGGAUGGGCACUGCUUGAGGGGGCAGGACACGCUCCCAGCACCCCCUGCUCUGCACAUUGCAGAUAAUGAGCUUUGAGAUCAUUUUAAGGGAACUGUCCUCCACAUUAUUAGGUCUCAGAGGCAUGUGGAAAGGUGGCAGAGGUGGGGGGGGAAAUAAUGCAAUGUUAUUGCCACUGGGUAAUUCUUAUAAAGAUUUCUUUAUUUUUUUUUCCCUUUGGGACUGUGCUGGUGUGAACACAGGCAGCAGGGGCAGGUGGAGAUGGAGUGGAAAGAGGGGCACUGACCCACCAGCCCCACUCAUUGAUGGCAGGGACACGGGGCAGAGCAAUGCCUCCUCUGGGAGCCCAGAAGCACCAGCCACCACACACAGACCAGGCAUUUCUCCAUGUUCUUCUCACUCGUCUGCCAGGUGAUGCCAGGCAGACUCCAGUGCUCACAGCUGCCUUCCAGAUGAGAUGAGUCCUCUAAGCUCUCUGGAAGGCUCCAUAAUUGCUACAUGCAUGCUCCAUAAAAACCUCUGUAAAUACACCCAUUUUUCAGUUCUCCUUGAAGCUCCAUUUGUAAAACCAAACCUAUAAUUAACAUAUGGGUAAAAGCCAUAGCCUGGGGUCAGGAGAGUUCAUUGCAGAACUCACCACUGACUUUACUGGGUACAGGAUUUAGGGGGGGGGUUGGGGUUUGCUUUUUCUGUAGGGAACCCAAUUUGUCCAUCAUGAAUCAGUGUCGUGUCUUGCCAGAGGUCUCCUCUUCCUUCCUAGAGCAGCCUUUCACCACCAGAAGGUGUCUUGGGGAGAUCCCUUCUUUAAUCAGCCAGACUUUUCUGGUAGCUGAAGGCAGUGCAGGAAGGAUCAGGCCAAGCCACUUCAUCUUUUCCUCUCCCCACAACCUUUUGUGCCAAGCCCUCCCAUCCUUCCUAGCCAGCACCAUUGGACCUGUGUCUCUUACCUACCUCCCUGGCUCCAUUUAUGUAACAUCCAUUUAUCUUCUUUUUUUUUCCUUUCUUUUUCUUUUUUAAUUCUACACGAGAAGAGGGGAAAAAAAUAAAUGGGGGGCUUUUUGUUGCUUUUACAGACAGUUAAAAAUAGAGCAGCAAAAUUUUGAUUGGAGCCUGAUGGCAAAAGCUUAGGGGGAAGAAAGUAGAAGAAUCAAAGACAUAAAAUAAAAAACCCCACAUCCCCUACUUUAGGAAAAAAAUAAUAAAACACACACACAAAAAAAA